AGAGGAGGCCCUAUUAGAGCCUGGGCCCCGGCGCCGGUGACUCAGUGUCCGCGGGAGCGCCGCAGCCACGCCAGCCAAGCCCGCUGCCGCCGCGCCGAGCUCUGACAGCGCCUGCCAGGAGCAAGCCGCGACCCAGCCGGCCGGCCUGCUCCGCCCCUGAGCCCGCUCCGGCCGUCCUCCGCUCCGAAGCCCCCCGCGCCCUUCCCGGGAGCCUCCUGCCCUGCGGGCAGCCUUGCCACCCUGCCGGCCAUGGAGACCCCGUCCCAACGGCGCGCCACCCGUAGCGGGGCGCAGGCCAGCUCCACCCCGCUGUCACCCACCCGCAUUACCAGGUUGCAGGAGAAGGAAGACCUGCAGGAGCUCAAUGACCGCUUGGCCGUCUACAUCGACCGGGUGCGCUCGCUGGAAACCGAGAAUGCGGGGCUGCGCCUUCGCAUCACUGAAUCCGAAGAGGUGGUCAGCCGCGAGGUGUCCGGCAUCAAGGCUGCCUACGAGGCAGAGCUCGGGGAUGCUCGCAAGACCCUCGACUCAGUGGCCAAAGAGCGUGCCCGUCUGCAGCUGGAGCUGAGCAAAGUGCGUGAGGAGUUUAAGGAGCUCAAGGCGCGCAAUACCAAGAAGGAGGGUGACCUGAUGGCUGCCCAAGCCCGGCUCAAGGACCUGGAGGCACUGCUCAACUCCAAGGAGGCGGCGCUGAGCACUGCUCUCAGUGAGAAGCGCACACUGGAGGGCGAGCUGCAUGACCUGCGGGGGCAGGUGGCCAAGCUCGAGGCGGCCCUGGGCGAGGCCAAGAAGCAGCUGCAGGACGAAAUGCUGCGGCGGGUGGACGCCGAGAACAGACUGCAGACCUUGAAGGAGGAGCUGGACUUCCAGAAGAACAUUUACAGCGAGGAGCUGCGUGAGACCAAGCGGCGCCACGAGACCCGGCUGGUGGAGAUUGACAAUGGCAAGCAGCGUGAGUUCGAGAGCCGGCUGGCCGAUGCCCUGCAGGAACUGCGGGCCCAGCAUGAGGACCAGGUGGAGCAGUACAAGAAGGAGCUGGAGAAGACCUAUUCGGCCAAGCUGGACAAUGCCAGACAGUCGGCUGAGCGCAACAGCAACCUGGUGGGGGCCGCCCAUGAGGAGCUGCAGCAGUCUCGCAUCCGUAUCGACAGCCUCUCGGCCCAGCUCAGCCAGCUGCAGAAGCAGCUGGCAGCGAAGGAAGCCAAGCUGCGGGACCUGGAGGACUCCCUGGCCCGCGAGCGGGACACGAGCCGGCGGCUGCUGGCCGAGAAGGAGCGGGAGAUGGCGGAGAUGCGGGCGCGGAUGCAGCAGCAGCUGGAUGAGUACCAGGAACUGCUGGACAUCAAGUUGGCCCUGGACAUGGAGAUCCACGCCUACCGCAAGCUCCUGGAGGGCGAGGAGGAGAGGCUCCGCCUGUCCCCCAGCCCCACCUCGCAGCGCCGUGGCCGCGCCUCCUCCCACUCGUCCCAGACUCAGAGCGGGGGCAGCAUCACCAAGAAGCGCAAGCUGGAGGCCACCGAGAGCCGCAGCAGCUUCUCGCAGCAUGCGCGCACCAGUGGCCGCGUGGCGGUGGAGGAGGUGGACGAGGAGGGCAAGUUUGUGCGGCUGCGCAACAAGUCCAACGAGGACCAGUCCAUGGGCAACUGGCAGAUCAAGCGGCAGAACGGAGAUGACCCCUUGCUGACCUACCGCUUCCCGCCCAAGUUCAUCCUGAAGGCUGGGCAGGUGGUGACGAUCUGGGCUGCAGGAGCUGGGGCCACCCACAGCCCCCCGACUGACCUGGUGUGGAAGGCGCAGAACACCUGGGGCUGCGGGAACAGCCUGCGCACGGCGCUCAUCAACUCCACCGGGGAAGAGGUGGCCAUGCGCAAGCUGGUGCGCUCGGUGACCGUGGUGGAGGACGACGACGACGAGGACGGAGACGACAUGCUGCAGCACCACCAUGGCUCCCACUGCAGCGGCUCGGGGGACCCCGCUGAGUACAACCUGCGCUCGCGCACCGUGCUGUGCGGGACGUGCGGGCAGCCGGCCGACAAGGCCUCCGCCAGCGGCUCGGGAGCCCAGGUGGCCGGAUCCAUCUCCUCGGGCUCUUCCGCCUCCAGUGUCACGGUCACGCGCAGCUACCGCAGUGUGGGGGGCAGUGGGGGUGGCAGCUUCGGGGACAACCUGGUCACCCGCUCCUACCUCCUGGGCAACUCCCGUCCCCGGACCCAGGGCCCCCAGAACUGCAGCAUCAUGUAACCCAUUAAGGCACCUACCGGCGAGGGUGGGUCCAGGCCCACCUCGCGCCCCCGUAUCCCUCCCUGCGCAUCCUGCACUUAGGGGAGGGGCUUGAAGCCAAAGAAAGCUGCCCUCCCCCUUUUUCUUCUGUAUUUUUUUUUUUCUAAGAGACGUUAUUUUCUACAGUGGUUUUAUACUGAAGGAAAAAACACAAGCUUGAAAAAAAAACCAAAAAACCAGCAUAUCUAGCUUCAGCCUUUGUGCCCCAUGCCCCGCCUUCCCUGCUUCUAGGAAACUCUACAUUUUGCCUUAAAAAACCAAAGAGGGCUUCCUGUAGGAGCCGCAGGGCGGGGCUGCUGCUGCUGCUGCCAAACCUAGGCAUCUGCUUCCCUGACCCCCACCCCACCCCGGGGACCCCCAUGAUAUGGUGCCUGAGAGGCAGGUAGAGGGGGAACCUCCCCCAGGAGAGAGAGGACGUGGCUAAGGCUCCCCUGUCCGCCUGCCCUACCCCUGGUCCCCACCCUGUCCCCUCCCGGGGGUGCAUCCCUUCUCCCAGGAACCCACCCGCUCGCUUUACCAGCUCGCUUUACCCGUAUUUGAUUCUGACAAGAGAUGGGACAGAGGGGGGGGAGGAGGGAGCCAGAGGAAGGGAGGUUGGGAGUUGAGUCCAGCUCUGGAGCCCAGUGGGGGCCCUGUGCAGUCACGGGGGUUAUAGUCAAGUGGGGUGUAUGAAGGAGAGGGGGAGGCCACUGAGAGGAGGGCGAGUGACAGGUGUUGGGCCAACACUAAAGGGACCCCAGGCCCCCUUCCCAUCUGCUGCCUCCC